AUGGGAGACGAAAGGAGAUAUGCAUGCAGGCUCAGACCAGUGAGCUUGUUUGAUUCGUAUGCCUUUGAUAAUGUACAGUUGCUUGUAUCUGUGGGUAAGAAAACAACGCUUUUUUCCCUUUGCUUAUUUUUUGGUAGAGACUGAGCUUCACUGUCAAUUAAACUCGCCGAGUAAUGCGUUUAUUACAACAAAAGGUACAAGUCAUGUAAGUCAAACUCUCAUUAAGGUGAUGGCUUUAAAGGCUAACGUUAAAAAAAUCUGGCCAUUUUGCCGCUACCAGUUAAUUUCUCUCCGUUUCGGUUUAGGGAAAAUUUUGAGGUUAACUUUUUUCACGAAUUACGGUUAAAAUUUGUCAACUGUUACUGCCAACGGCUAAAUUUUUUCCCCUUUCAAGGCCAACGGUUAACUCCAUUGAGACUCUCAUGUAGCGUCAUUGAAUACUGAAAAUUAAGUUUAAAUUAAGCCAGUGGUUUACUUAUCAGAGGGCAAUUCUAUUUAUUUUGUUAGUCAGCUUUUGGGUUAAUUUGGCAGAGCAAAAACAGUAUCUAGAAAAAAAAGAUCGUUUAAAAAGUUGUUUAAAACAACUCAAGCAUUAUUCUCGAGCAUUUAUAAAGGCGUUCGUAUACAAAUUCAAAUGGAUUCGUUAAACGAUGAUAUAUAAAUAACCUGUUUUAAUCUCGCAUUUAGGGCAAUAAGCUUCAUUUGGACUUGGUUUACGUAAAGCCCUUUUAAUGGCUCUUUCUCUAGUUAUACGAGUGAGCAGUUGCAUAGUCACUGUUAGCUAACCAACUAGAACGAACAUAAGGGACAUUUCCAGUUUCUCGCUUGAUGACUGUCAUCUAUCAUGUUUAACGCUUCAACUUAACUAUUAAAAGUCGAAAUACUUGCCAAGGCUAUUGUAUCCUAAUUUAAGUCAGUUGCAAUGCAUUUUCGCUCUGACUAAGAGCUAACGCUCGAAAGCGUCAGCUUUGAAACCCUUUAGGGUGGCCAAUUUACGUUAUAAACUCAGUUCAUAGUACCAAAUUUCCCUGUUAUACUUUCCCACCGAUGCAGUACCACAGGUCUUUUGAAACUUACCCCCUCGAUCCAAUACAUUUUCUGUUACGUUACAGCUAAACCAACACUUGACGGAGGGCAAACACAGUUUAUGGCCAGAGGCAGUCAAAUGUAUCUGACCUGUCGGUACAGCCCUUCGCCUCUGAUUUCUAAGGUGCAGUGGAUUAAAGAUGGAAUUGUGAUUGCACAAAACACAAGCGUUAUAAUUAAAGACCCUCGGAUGAAUAUCACAUUCUACAAUGAGAGCCAAACACAGUUGUCGAUCAAGACAGCUACCACAAAGAAUGCUGGGACGUACAUAUGUAAUGUAACAUAUGGUAGUGAUAGUACAUCAGAAACGAAGAUAGUUUUCAUUGGAGGUGAGUGCGUUUUGAUACAAUUAAGGUUCAUUACAUUUGCUAAUGAUUACAUUAACAGAAAAGUCUGUUUGGUCAUAAGAGCAAGAAAAUCCAUACCUGCGCGCGCAUAUUUGCGUUUUGUUUCUCCGUUAUUUCUCCAAACUUAAGUGCAGGAUAUUUCCUAAUUCAUUUGUCAGCUGUUGUCUAACCCGUCCUUCACAUGUUUCAAGUGUCAAAAAUUUGAUAGUAAAUGGUUAGUUUUGCGGCAUAGGGGACUUUUCGAACAGGAGAGGGGGAAUCCAACAAAACAAGAGAACCAACAAAACAAGUUUAUAGCUUGAGGGGAUGAUGUUAACUUAACAUGUCGUUAUGGCGGUUCACUUUAAACUCAGCAGUGUUCAAUUUGCGUUUCAGCCAAGCCAGAAGUUGCAAUUGCUGGUGAUCAAGAGAAGUUUAUAGCUGAAGGCGACGAUGUCGAGUUAACAUGUCGGUAUAACGUUUCACCACCAGUGUCUCAAGUACAGUGGAUUAAAAACGGAACAGUGAUGGCGACAAAUACGUCUGUUCUGAUAAGUGACGGACGAGUAAUUGUUCCUCAUUACAAUGAAAGUCAAGCGUCGCUGUCAAUCACUGCGGCUACCCUAGAGGACAGUGGAAACUAUACCUGCAGUGUUACAAAUCAUGUUGAUAGUACUUUGGUUACGACAGUGAUUUUGAUUGAAGGUGUGUAAUUGAUUUCAAUGUUAUCGAAGCUCAUGUCAAUAGAAAGCUCCGAUGUUCUAAAAUCAAUGUAAAUUUCAAGAACCAAACCUAAGAGAAACAUCCUCAAUUUUAGUUUACGUUACGCUGAAUAAAGGUAGUGCACUGAUCGAAAUCUCCGAUAUUUCCCUGCUUUAUCUGGGAAUAUAUGCAAUGCUAUAAGUAAACAAAAUCAUAAGUAAGGAUGAUAAUAACAACGAUGAUGACGAUAAUACAAACAAUAAUGAUAUUGACAAUAACAACAAUAAUAAUUAAUGAUGAUACUAAUAAUUAAUAAUGAUAAUUGAUAAUAUCAAUCAUUAGUAAUGAUAAUAAUAAUAAUAAUUAUUAUUAUUAUUAUUAUUAUUAUUAUUGAUAAAGUAGUAGAAUAACAACUCUGACAAUAAAAUAUGUAUCAUAAAUUACCUUCAAAAGAAUUUAGUUCCUUAUAAAAAUAACUUUGCCGCUGAGUAACUUUUGGGAAAGUCAGUCCAUGCCAAUUUACUAUAGAGCUAUGAAUGUUGGACGUAAACUAAUAGCUGGCUUCUUCUUCUUGUUGUUUUUUGUCCCUAUGCAGCUAAACCUUCCAUCACUACUUUUCCACAAAGUGUUACUAUCAUAGAAGGAGGAAAUGUGAAUUUACAAUGCAAUACAACUGGGGGACCAUUACUAUACAUAUCAUGGAGCUUCAAGGGAUCUGUGAUAAUGACAAACGCAGGGUUGGGAAAUAUUCUCGCAUUGAAAUUGGUGAAUGUGAACAGAAGUGCUGGUGGAGAUUACCGAUGUGAUGUGAGGAGCAGGGUUGGGACAAACACCUCUACCUCUACGCUUAAUGUGUAUUGUGAGUACAUUUAUUUUAUUAGAAGUUUUUGGCGUGUAGUAUUACUGAGUUAUAUCGUAUUUUGAUAAGGCUGCAAGGUGAGUCAAAAUACAAACAACAACUAAAAAAAAUACUAUUCUAUAAAAUUAGAAUAGUAUUUCUAUAGAGUAAAUAUACUAUAAAAAAUCGGCGCCAAGACUCGGCUCUUCAAGAUCACUCUGAUUAACUGUUUUCCUUUCUACAUGAGCGAGUUGUGUCGAAGAGUUAUCCAGAUCAUAAACUCAAAGAUUUACUGGCUGAUCUCUUGAAUCUGUGAGCAGUUUUCAAUACAGAAAAAUGUUUUUUCGUCUUGUCACGAGCGUAGGAAAAACAAAAAUUUUUGAGUCCCCAUUAGAAAUCGAACCUCAGACCUUCGGAUUCCCCGCUCCGAUGCUUUAACCACUGAGCCACAGAGACUCCACAGUGAGCGAGGAGUCUCUGUGGCUCAGUGGUUAGAGCAUCGAAGCGCGGAAUCCGAAGGUCUGAGGUUCGAUUUCUCCCUAGUCCCUCCUUAAGAAAAAGUGAUAUUAUUUGGCAUUCAAUAAUUUUUAUUUCUUCACAAGUUGCGCCCGAAAUCCUUAACCAGCUUCCAGUGAACAUUACUCAGCACACUAUGGAAGGAAACAAAUACUUAGUAUUUAGCUGUAUAAUUGUGGGAAACCCUCCACCUCUUGUUUAUUGGACAAAAAAUGGUUUGACAUUGAACGUGACAACAAAUCCACGACUAAGUGCAGUCUCAUGGAACUCCAUUUACAGCUUGAAUAUCAUUAAUGUCAGUCGAUCAGACGCAGGCCAAUAUAGAUGUAUGGCUAUCAACAGUGUCGGAAUCUCAACAUCUCUUGGGGAGACUCUUAAAGUAUGGUGUGAGUACUUCCACAUUUAAAUAUAUUUGAUCAUAUAGCAUUAAAAAAAAAACCCUUAACUUAAACUUCAUAAUUGAAUUUUUAUAUUUGAGGAUAAAUAAUCAGUAACGUCCAUAACUAUAUAUACUAAAAUAGCAUUCAAAGUGCGCUCUGAUUGGCUAUUCAAACUGCAAAUAUCCCUUAUGCAAUUCACCUCCGAGUAACUCGUGCGGGAUUUGCGCCCGAAAAUAUUAUAAUCGUUGCAGGAAUAAAUGAGUUGAAUUCAUCUAUUUGCACCAUAUUAUCUCACUGUUUUAGUAUAUACUAAAACAACUAUUCACCUCAGUGUCGGUCGCUACCAGUGGAGAAAUAUCCGCAACAAACCAUCUUUACUUAGUCGGUGAAUAGUUGUUAACCCUUUCACUCCCAUUAGUGACCAAGAAUGAAUUUCUCCUCACAAUAUCUAUACCAUCUCAAGUAGGCAAGUAAUGAGAAUAUAGAAAAAUACCAAAUUCUCCACACUAAAAUUAUAAGCAAUGUAUGGCAGGCAGUAAUGAGAAUUACUAAAGAGAUCACGGGAGUGAAAGGGUUAACUAACAGAAAUAUUUAGAGGUCUACAGUGACCUUGAAAAAACAACAUUACUGUUUGAGGAACCACCUUGUAGCUUCGCUCUUAAAAUUCAAAUAGUGAAAAUCAAUAUUUUAUCAUUCUGACUUCAGAUAUUUCCACGACCACCGUUCAUCCUCAGAAUGUCAUUGCAAAAGAAGGGGGUAAUGAAAGUUAAAUAGGAACUAGGUUUAACUAGUGGCUAACAGAUAAAAUUCCUGAUAUUUGUUUCGUUUUUUUUUUUCGUUCCCGUAAUAGUGGAAUUUCUUUGAUCUAAAAAAAAUCCAGUGGACUAUCUAAAAACCAUUCUUUUAACCCGUUAGCUACACCCAGCCCACCAAAAUAUGUGAGAGUUGUAUCAAAGAGUUCAAGAGUCGUAAAUAUCUCCUGGACAGCUGGUUUUGAUGGAAACAAUGCUAUUACAAACUACAAGAUAGAGAUCAGUGCGCACGAUCAGACGUCCUUCAGAGAUGUGUUUUGCCAAGGAUCUCUCUCAAGAAGUUCCUGUGUGAUAUCCAGCUCCUUUACAAGGGCUUCUCUUAAUGACCUUCUUCCCUGGACAACAUACUUCGUUAGAGUGUUUGCGAGCAACGUGGCUGGCUCAAGUGUUAGCAGCUCCUUAUUGAAUGUUACCACAAAUGAAGAAGGUAAAAAAGACUCUAAGUUAAGUGAAUAUGGAAGUGAUCCUGUGAACACUACUUAAGUAUUAGCGAAAUGAGGGCUAAGGUUUUAUUUGGAACCAACAUAAUGACCACCUCCCAAUUGGCCUGUUAACUCAAUUGGGAUAGCGCUCUACCUACAUGUAUCGCAGAGGUCAUAAGUUCAAAUCCCGUAGGGGCCUGAAUUUUCUUCAGGCCUUAUUUUCACUACUACUUACGUCAUAGUGUUCAUAACUGCGAGGAUCGCUUCCAUAUUCAUUUCUUCAAUCGCAGUUCACAUCUAUGAUUUUCAUAUAUUUACAGUCAUUUAGUUUAUGUAUGUUUGCACAAAGUUCAUGGCAUAUAGAAUUUACGCAGGUCUAUAGAGAAUGAGCCAAAUAUGAUUUCGGUUAGGUAAAACGAUUCUGCUCAUAGGUAAAACGAGUCAUUUUUGCAAUGUCGUCAUUGUUCAAUAAACAUUACGUCUUUGUUUACCUCAGAGCCUUCUGCAGCUCCUACGAAUGUGAGAGGACAUAACACAAGCUCAACCAGCAUCUUAGUGGAGUGGGGUGAUGUUCCAGCUGCUAAUCAGAAUGGUAUCAUUUUGACUUGCACGAUUUCCUAUUAUUCGCUAACUGAGGAUGACAACGGCAGUAAAACAGUGGACUGUGCAGAUCAUCAAUUGUACCUGACAGGUCUGAAAGAGUAUGUCAACUACAGCAUCACAGUGUUCGCAUCUACGGCGAAAGGAAAUGGACCGUCCAGUAAUCCUAUUUUUGUUAUCACCGAUCAGGACCGUGAGUGUUUUGUUCAAUGUAAGAAGUAACUUAGUAUUGCAUGUACCAUUUUCACUAUACCACAGGAUAAAGAUGAAUGUCUCAAUUUUUACAAGUAAUAUAAGUUCAUACAUAUUUCUCGUAAAAACAUGGUACAUCUCUCGCAAACACAUCCUCUUUCUUUGUGAUAUUGCGAUGGAGAAGAGGUGUACAAAGGAAUUUAUUUUAAAAAAUAAAGACGUGAGUACAUGUGCAAUUAUUUUGAUGACGACUUUUUCUACUCCCGAUCUCCUGUCGGUAAUCCCAUAGUUAUCACCAUUUUGCACGCAAGCAGUAAGUACAACUAAAUCAGGCUGAUAAAACACAUGGUAUCUUUAGGCAAAAUCGAUGCUCCUAAGAAUUUAAUUUCUUUUCCAAUUUUUUUACGAGUUUUUUGAUACACAGGCCCACCUAAGGUUACCAUUCAUCCCGAGUCCAAGACCAAACCAGAGGGAAGAAAUGUGACUUUAGUCUGUGACGCUGAUGGAAAUCCAGAACCGACAAUAUCGUGGACUAAAGAUGGAUCUCCUAUGCGAGACAAUCCCAGGAUACGUUUCUCAUUGGACAACAAAAAGAUAACAAUGUUGGAUUUGAGAAGAACAGACAGCGGACAAUACAGAUGUGUGGCAUACAACAGACUGGGGAAUGAAUCCUCUAGGAUAGCUUCGCUAAAUAUCCAAUGUAAUAUCCUUGCUCUUAUCAAGUAAAUAACAUAGUUAGGCUGUGUCUCGUUGUUUUUCUUUCUCUCUCUUUACUUCUCUCUUAAUCUGUCUUUCUCGGAGCAAAAGCGAUGUUUCAGUGAACUUGACUUAUCUGAUUGUAAUGAGUACCCUCUAAUGCCAAAGAUCUGUAAUUAGUGGAGAGAAUACUAGCUAGGAGUCACAAAAUGGCAGUUUGCCUGGUUAUAACAGUGCAUGUAAACAAUCUUGACAUUAUCGUUACACUACUUUUAGAACAGAAACAUUCAUGAUGCCUAUUUUUGGGGACAAUUUUGUAGGAAUUAAUGAAUAGCAGGUACAAUUUGGAAAAAAUUGAGUUUAUGUAUUCAUUCGUAUUUUUUCUUUUGCAUUAUCAGUUGCACCUGAAAUAUCCAAAAAUCCAAAGGACGCCACGAAGAAGCAAGGACAAGAGGUGAUAUUUAGCUGUUCAGCAAUGGGGAACCCUCAACCAAUAUUUCAUUGGACAAAAGAUGGAGUAAGAAUGAAUGUCGAGGACAAUCCACGGUUCAAUGUAUCUUCAACGAGCGUCAGUCACAGUUUGACAAUCAAGGAUGUCGGUCAAUCAGAUGUAGGAAAAUAUAGAUGUGUUGCCGAAAACAGUGUGGACAGUUCUGUUUCAUCUGCCGCGACCUUGACGGUAGCAUGUAAGGUUUUAGUUUGUCGCUUGAUUUAUGACCGUUAUUCAUUUAGACUCUUGGCAUGCCUUGUUCCUCGUAGAACGCGUUCGAAUUUUAUGACAGUAUUAUUCAUUCACACGUUCUGUUACAAACCCUUAACGACCCGAAUUUUCAUUGCGAAAUUUCGGCUGCGUUAUAUUUCAUUCCCUAUUUGA